GUUCAAAGCAAAUGACCCAAUCAGUCAACAUGAUGGGCUUUGGAUAACCUAGAUAUUAUUUGUGUCAUUUUCCAAAGCAUCAUGAAUUGGCGAGCCUUCCGAAUACACCGACACAAAUUUCCAGGCCACCCUUAAGGAAUCAUAGCACGUGACCAGAGCGGGGCGGUCGAACUACAAGCCAUUUUGGGGACGGUGUCAGUUUCUACGGAGCCACACUGCUGCAUUUUUCAAAGAGACGAUUUUGGAGGCAAAGUAAUCAGGACCGCAAACACACCAUUCGGAACGCACAGCCAAAAGUCUGAAAUCUUCGACAACGGAGGACACUUUACGCACCUAAAGUGCACAGCAGGAGAAAAAUACGAAUUUUACGCAUCUGAAAUGAGCCCGGGGUUGCCUUGCACUCUCCGCAAUUGACAGCGUCUGCAGCUCGUUCGUUUCAAGAUGGCGGCUGAGCUCGAAUUAAUUUACUGCUGAUCGCCUCCUAACUUUCAUUGUCUCUCCGUCUCCAGUCUCGCAGAUCGCCAGCCGAGUCUCUAGGUCUCUUCCUUCCAUGACGAUGCAUCGAACGACCAGAAUUAAGAUAACUGAGCUGAACCCCCACCUCAUGUGUGUGCUGUGCGGUGGAUACUUUAUCGAUGCCACCACAAUUAUAGAAUGUCUUCAUUCAUUCUGCAAGAUGUGCAUUGUACGCUAUCUGGAGACCAGCAAGUAUUGUCCCAUCUGUGAUGUGCCAGUACACAAAACCAAACCUCUGCUCAAUAUAAGGUCUGACAAAACCCUACAAGACAUUGUCUACAAGCUGGUCCCUGGUCUCUUCAAAAAUGAGAUGAAGAGAAGGAGAGACUUUUACGCUGCACACCCUUCUGUAGAUGCAACGACAAGGUCUAAUGAGGAUCGAGGGGAGGUGGCUGACGAGGACAAGAGAAUCAUCACAGACGAUGAAAUCAUCAGCCUCUCCAUUGAGUUCUUCGACAACAAUAAGGCUAAAAAGACAGGCGUGGCUGAGGACAAACAGUCUAAAGAACAGGUCAAUAAUAAGAGGUAUCUGCAGUGUCCUGCAGCCAUGACCAUCAUGCACCUGAGAAAGUUCCUCCGCAGUAAGAUGGACAUUCCUUGUACCUAUCAGGUUGAAGUGAUGUAUGAAGAUGAACCCCUGAAAGAUUACUACACAUUAAUGGACGUAGCCUACAUCUACACCUGGAGAAGGAAUGGCCCUUUGCCGUUGAAGUACCGCGUCAGACCGAGCUGUAAGAAGCUGAAGAUGAGUCAUCCGCAGCAGGAGGGCCAGAACAGCACUGGUCGGUCUGCUGAGAGCGACUCUGCCAGCGACAAAGCCUGCAGCCCUGCCGGCGUCCCCUCCACCUCUUCCUUGCCCAGCCCUGGUACCCCGGUGCAGUCCCCACACUUACCCCACAUCUCCAAACCCGUCAACGGCGCCUCCGCCUCGGCCCCUGCCCCUACCAGACCAUUCCCCUUCGGAAACAAACCGCGGAAGGCCUCGCUGAAUGGUUCUUCUUUGUCCUCGGGACUGGCCUGAAAACUGGGCCAACAGCCAAUGCCAGACCGCUCUGCUAAUAUCUUCAUGCCAAUGUCGUUCCAUUGUUGUAGACGCUCUCUUUUUGUUAUCGUUGUUAUAAAUAUAUGAUAUAUGUUUAAUGUAGUGGAGGUGAAGCAUUUCUAUAGGAACAUAGC